GAGAGAGAGAGAGAGAGAGGGAGGCUGCAAGCUAAAGGGGUGGCUCCGUAUUCUUUCACCUCCCCCCCCCCCACCCCACCCCACCACCACCAACAAACCACAAGGAGGAGGGGCCCAGCCCCAACUGCCAAUCAAAUUCACUCGUGGCACCCGGCAUUAUCUCAGCAACAAACUAUUGACAGAUUAUAUGUCAAGGAGUUUAGGGCAUGAUUGAAGGAAGCUUUUUUAUCUAGUUACCGUUCCGCUCAGUUACUCUUCCACCGACGUAACAUUCGAAUGAAUUUCUAAUAGAGUUGAGUAAUAUUAUGAAAGUUACAUGUCUUAGAGGAUUUAACUUCGACUUCCCUGAAUAUGCUGAAAGGAGUUUAUGCACUGAAACGACCUCAGGAAAACCCAAGAUGGCCGCCAAAAGAAAAGGUGGCCUAAAACUCAACGCUAUCUGUGCCAAGCUGAGCCGUCAGGUGGUGUUCGACGGCAGCUCCCAGAAUGCCGAGGGAGACCUGAGCGUGGCGGAGAACAGCGAGCAGGGCAGCUCCCACUGCGACGACGGCGAGGCCGGGUUCCCGGAGAGGCUGAGCCUGGACCAGAGCCUGGAGGAGGACCAGAGGAGGAGGGAGGCCAUCGAGAAGUGGGUCAACGGGGAGUACGGGGACGAGCCCCCCGCCCUGGCCUGCGGGGCCCAGCCGGAGCGGGGACUCAGACCCCACCAUGACGAGGACGCCCCCCCUGAGGGGGUUUACAUGGUACAGCCCAAAGGCUGCAGCGACGAAGAGGACAACGGCGACGGCUCCGAAGCCAUGCUGGGGUCCCAGGACGGCAGUUACCACGACGACAAGGACUCGGAAGACGGCCGGCACAAGGAGGACGUGUUCUUGCCUCAGAUUGAGCCCCAGGGUCGGCCAGCGCCCUUCUCCUCCCCAGGAGAGGCUUCGGCUCUGCGGGACUACGCAGCCAACACCAUGAACGAGUUCCUGGGCAUGUUCGGCUACGACGACCAGCAGGUCCGGGACGAACUGGCCAAGAAGAUCAGCUUCGAGAAGAUGAAAGCUGCCGCCGCCUCGGACGCCUCGUCCCUGAGCAGCGAGGAGGCCACGCGACGUGCCCGCUUUUCCAAGUACGAGGAGUACAUCCGCAAGCUGAAGGCCGGAGAGACCCUCCCCUGGCCCAUGCACGGGCAGAAGCCCGAGGAGAUGAGCUCCAAGCUGGCUCAGGAGAAGAGCUCCGCGGCCACUGCCGCCCUGCUCCAGGCCUCAGGCUGCCUCCCCGGGGCCGAGCCCCAGGCGUACCCCUCCUCCCUGGAGCACAAGCAGCAGCAGGGGCCUCCGCCCCUUGGCCCGGCCCCCUCGCCCAGCCCCUCUCACAUCCAGAACCUGGCCUCCAGGGCCUCCAAGUACGACUUCUUCAUCCAGAAGCUGAAGCUAGGCGAAAGCCUGCUGCAGCAGAACGGCAACACCUACAAGCGGCCCUCCAAGUACGACCUGGAGAACGUCAAGUUCCUGCACCUGUUCAAGCCCGGGGAGGGUAAGCCCGACAUGGGGGGAGCCAUCGCCUUCAAGACAGGCAAGGUGGGCAGACCGUCCAAGUAUGACGUCAGAAACAUCCAGAAGCUGAUGCCGGGGAACCCAGAGCCCUCUCUGAUGCCCGGGGCUCAUUCUGCCCCGGUGGGGAACCUGGGCCCCCAGGGGCCCCCCACCUCUGCCUCCAUCGGGGCCUCGGCCCCCCCAGGACUGGGCAUGGACCAGGCGGGUCACAUGGGCUUCAACACCUCAGACUACAUGAAGUCCAGCUUCUCCAAGACAGACUCCAUCACCACGGGAACAGUGUCCUCUGUCAAGAACGGAGUUCCAGCGGAGAAACCUGUCACUGAAGACGUCAACCUCUACCAGAAAUAUAUAGCCAGGUUUUCCGGUAGCCAGCACUGUGGACACGUGCAUUGUGCCUACCAGUACAGAGAGCAUUACCACUGCAUGGACCCUGAAUGCAACUACCAGAGGUUCACCAGCAAGCAGGACGUGAUCAGGCACUAUAACAUGCACAAGAAGAGGGACAACUCUCUUCAGCACGGCUUCAUGCGCUUCAGCCCUCUGGACGACUGCAGUGUGUACUACCACGGCUGCCACCUGAACGGGAAGAGCACACACUACCACUGCAUGCAGGUGGGCUGCAACAAGGUGUACACCAGCACCUCUGAUGUCAUGACUCAUGAGAACUUCCACAAGAAGAACGCCCAGCUGAUCAACGACGGCUUCCAGAGGUUCCGAGCCACCGAGGAUUGUGGGACGGUGGAGUGCCAGUUCUACGGCCAGAAAACCACCCACUUCCACUGCAGGUGAGCGUCCGGCUGCACCUACACCUUCAAGAACAAGUGCGACAUCGAGAAGCACAAGAGCUACCACAUCAAGGACGACGCCUACGCCAAGGACGGCUUUAAGAAGUUCUACAAGUACGAGGAGUGCAAGUACGACGGCUGCGUCUACAGCAAGGCUACCAACCACUUCCACUGCAUCCGCUCUGGCUGCGGCUUCACCUUCACCUCCACCAGCCAGAUGACCUCGCACAAGCGCAAGCACGAACGCCGUCACAUCCGCUCUGCCGGCACCUCUGGCCUGGCCGGCUCCUUCCUGGCGCCCAAGGAGGAGCCGGAGGAGUCGAGCAACGACGACCUCAUGGACUUCUCCGCCAUCAGCAGCAAGAACUCCAGUCUGAGCGUCCCUACCACCAUGCCGUCCUCCGGCAUGCCCCACAUGCUGGCCACGCCCACCACCGUCAUGUCCUCCUCCUCCACCUCGUCUUCCGGAGGCCACGGCCUCAAGGCCGCCGCCCCCUCGCUGGCGCCCGGCGGACGCAUGUCCAGCCUGCUGUCCCAGGCGUUGCCUAGCAACAUGCCGGUGGCGUUGGCCCUUUCCAACAGCGCCAUGGGGGGCUCCAACCCCUUCUUCCCCCUCCUGCCCCGCCUGCCGCCCCCUGCCGCACUCGGCGCCAGCCUGAUCUCCGGGGUGUCCUCGGGGGCCCACUCCAUGCCCACCGACUCUCUGGCUCAGGGAGGCUCCUUGGCCUGCACCCCCUCCUCCUACUCAGCCUCGUCCAUCAUGGAGAAGAUCUCCGCCAGCAAGGGGCUGAUCUCGCCCAUGAUGGCUAGGCUGGCCGCUGCCGCCUUCAAGCCCUCCGGACACCAGGACACAGGAAACGGGCAGCCUUCAUCAGUCAGCCGAUUUAAUCUGGUUCAGGUGAAGCAGGAGCCGAUGGAGCCAGGCUCAGGGCCCUCAGAGUCUGUCCAGGAGCACAGCCUGGACCUGAGCAAGAAGGAGCACAGUAAUGAAUCAAACGGCCACCCUGUUCCUGGGAAUACAUCUCUUUUAUCCUCGCUUAUGAAUAAGAUGUCACAGGUGAACCCAGGGCUCUUCAGCGCCCUGAACCUGAAGACAGAGCUGGAGGGGGGGGCGGGCCUUGGGGCUGACACCUCGGAGGCGGCCCAGUACCUGAGCCGCAUCAUGAAGAGACCCCCCCAGGACAAGCCCAACGACAUCUGGAGGACCUACCUACGCAGGUUCGACACAGAUGACUACUGCGAGGCUCAGUGUGACUUCCUCCACAAGGAGCACUUCCACUGCAUGGUGGAGGACUGCGGCGCUCUGUUCAGCACGGUGGACGGAGCCAUCAAACACGCCAACUUCCACCUCCGAGCCACGCUGAAGGUCAAAUCGGAGCCCCACUUCAACGAAUCCAAAGACUGCGGCGACGGCGUGUCCAUGCAGCCGGCCGCACCCGUCUCCAUGGCCAACCACCCCUCCAUGGAUGUGGGUGCAUUGGCGUCAUCGGGGGCCUACGGCUCGUCGCCCUCCCUGCUGGCCUGGAAGCAGCUGGCUGGCAGCAUCCCCCAGCUGCCCGCCUCCAUGCCCAACCUGCCCGCCAACUCGCCCCUGGCCACCACCUCCCUGGAGAACGCCAAGCCCCAGGUCAAACCAGGCUUCCUGCAGUUCCAGGACAAUGACCCCUGUUUGGCCACGGACUGUAAGUAUUCCAACAAGUUCCACUUCCACUGUCUGUUUGGGAACUGCAAGUAUGUGUGCAAGACUUCCGGCAAGGCCGAGUCCCACUGCCUCGACCACAUCAACCCCAACAACAACCUGAUCAAUGUCCGAGACCAGUUCUCCUACUACUCUCUCCAGUGCCUGUGCCCCAACCAGCACUGUGAGUUCCGGAUGCGGGGGCACUACCACUGUCUGCGUCCAGGCUGCUACUUCGUCACCAACAUCACCACCAAGCUGCCCUGGCACGUCAAGAAACACGAGAAGGCAGAGCGCCGCGCUGCCAACGGCUUCAAGUACUUCACCAAGAGAGAGGAGUGUGGCCGGCUGGGCUGCAAGUACAACCAGGUGAACAGCCACUUCCACUGCAUCCGAGAGGGCUGCCAGUUCUCCUUCCUGCUCAAGCACCAGAUGACAUCACACGCUCGCAAACACAUGAGGAGGAUGCUGGGAAAGAACUUUGACAGGGUUCCGUCCCAGAUGCACUCCCACUCCCAGAGGUCAGAUGACAUGCAGCACUUGUCCGGUGGGGGCUCCGGGCCCCUGGGGGGCCACACCGGCAUGACCCCCGGCUUCUCCAGCAUGAUGGACGACGCCGACGACUACAUGGACUAUAUGGGCGGGGCCAGCCCCCUCGGCCUCUCCUCCGAAUCGUCCAAUCAGGACCGCAGCUGCACCAGCACCCCCGUGGGCAACGACAGCUCCCCUGCAGGACAAGGCUGCCCCGCCCCCUCCACCCCUGCUGACACUUCCGCACCUCAAAACGCACCACCUCCUCCUCCACCUCCUCCUCCACCUCCUCAUCCCGGUCUCCAGUCCCAGGCCUCCUCCUUCCCUCCGUCUCUCCUCCGCCCUCCCCUCCCCUCCCUCCCAUACCUCCUCUCUCCAUCCUGUCUGUCAUACUCUCUGCUCAGCGCCUCUUUGGGAGCCACGCGGAGUGUUGUCAUGCCAACCAACACGCCAGCUUUCAGCCCCAUCAUUGCCACACCGUCACCGGUUAAAAAUGACGUCCCUAUAGUUCAGGAUGCAGCAGGCAACAGCAUCUACAUCCCCACGGCGACCGGCGCCAAGAAGCGCUUCUGGAUCAUCGAGGACAUGUCGCCGUUCGGCAAGCGCCGCAAGACGGCCUCGUCGCGCAAGAUGCUGGACGAGGGCAUGAUGCUGGAGGGCUUCCGCCGCUACGACCUGUACGAGGACUGCAAGGACCCCGGCUGCCAGUUCUCCCUCAAGGUCACCCACUACCACUGCACCCGGGAGAACUGCGGCUACAAGUUCUGCGGGCGCACGCACAUGUACAAGCACGCCCAGCACCACGACCGCGUGGACAACCUGGUGCUGGACGACUUCAAGCGCUUCAAGUCGUCUCUCAGCUGCAGCUUCCCAGACUGCCAGUUCUCGGGGAACAGCACCCACUUCCACUGCCUGCGCUGCGGCUUCCGCUGCACCGACAGCACCAAGGUGACGGCGCAUCGCAAGCACCACGGCAAGCAGGACGUGAUCACCGCCGCAGGCUUCUGCCAGUUCAGCUCCAGCGCCGACUGCGAGGUGGCCGACUGCAAGUACAAGCUCAAGUGCUCCCACUUCCACUGCACCUACCCCGCGUGCAAGCACACCGUGGUGGGCAUGUCCCAGAUGGACUCCCACAAGCGCAAGCAUGAGAAGCAAGAGCGUGGGGAGCUGCCCUCCGUGUCCCCGCACCAGGAGGCCCAGCUGCACCACAUGGGGGGCGCCGGGGGAGGCGUGUCGGCCGGGAACCACCCCUCCUCCAUGGGUCUCCCUCCAGCCUCCCCCGGAGGCCACCUGGGCCUCCACCAUAACAACAGCCUCAACGCCCCCACCUCCAUGCUCUACCCUCCGGUCAGCAUGGCCUCCGAGUACGGCCACCACUACCCGCCUUCCUCGGUCAGCCUGGACGGCUCUCUCAACCUGGGCACAGAGUCCAGCAGCUCGCUGUUCUUCCUGAAGAACGCCGUGGGGCUGGGGCUCAGUGACUCUCUGGACCUCAGCAAGAAGAUGCACCAGGACUCCGGGGCGGUGCCCCUGGGGGGGUUGGGGGCCCUGGCCCUGCCCAGCUCCAAGCCCCCGCUGGCCAUGACGGCGCCGCUUGAUGACAUCACCACGGGGACGUCCGGAGAUGCAGAGGACGACCUGUCGCCCGAGGAGGAGGGGCACGUGGAAGAGGAGGAGGAGGAGGAGGAGGAGGAGGAGGAGGAGGACGACAUGAACACUGACUCGUAUGAAGACUCCAUGCCAGAGCCUGACUGUGACAAGGACAAUGGCGAGAGUCUGGAUGCUUCCGCCCACCACACUGACUCUUCCCCUCUGGAGAAGCGUGAGAUGGAGGCAUGAACGACGAGAAUCCUGUAUGCUAUGAACAAACAUCAGAUUGAAGUGGCCUCGUUUAUCAUGGUUAGGGACACACGAGCGGAUGACAACGUGAAAACAACAACAUGAAGAAAUGACGGCCCCAAAUGAUUUAUUAGGAUGUUUACAAGAUGACCAACAUUAUUAAUUCAAUUAUGCAUUAAAAGAUGAACAGAGAAACAAACCAAUUAGGCCCUCUUUUACAAAUGGGGCAGCAAUGUAAACAUUUUACUACACAUCAGUCUUUUGUGUGUGCGUGCAUGUUUGACUUUAAUUUAUUUAAUUUUUGUUUUCACUUUUUUGUGUGUGGAAAAAAAACACGAUAAGAAAAAAGAAAAAAAAAAAUCUCUCUAUAUAACUAUAUAUGUAAGUGUGUGUGAACGUCAAUAUACAAAGGAAGUUUUCUGGUGCAGUCCACUAACUGCCGGACCCUUGUCACCCAAAAAGGGAAAUAAAUCACUGUUCAACUUCACUGACGCAAAAUUAUGAUACAGAAUGUGUUUUAUCCUACUAUGAUUAUUAUUAUUGUUAUUAUUAUUAUUAUUAAGCAGGGAGUCUGCAUCAGUGCUUGUACCCUCCCCUCUCUUCCUCCUUGCAAGGUUCUGUUAUUUUAUUGUUGGUGUACAUUUGCCUCCAGAAGUGAUCAGAGAGGCUGUGUGUGUCCAGGAAGCGGAGUCUAGUGUCUGGACCGCCUCACCCUCACAGUUAAGCUGUGAGGGUGAGGCUGCAGGGAUACACCAGAAUUCUGGUGUAUCCCUGCUUCUAAACAGAAGUUCUCACCAAAACCAAGCGUACCGUUGUACCAUUUUAUCCUCUAGGAAACUUUUGGGUUUGUGUUUGUAUAGCGCACUUUUAUAUAGAGAAUGAGGACGAUAGAAAUUCAAACAUGUAUUUAAAGAUAUUUUUGUUACCAUCUACCAUCAUUGCAUUAUGAUUGCAUUACACUUGCGCAGUUAACCAGACGUGUCAGACCGUCUACGGGUAACUAGGUGAGGGAACCAUGGUGACGAUUCUGGGAUGUUUGGCCUGUGGAAAACAUGAGUAAACAUGAGGGAACCGUGUCAGGGAGUUUGUUUAACGUUUGAAAUGUAUAGACAACGAAAAAGAUUUGUGGACAACAUUUUGUUUUCCAUUCACUAUGGUUGUGGUUGAGCUAUAUUGUAACAGUUUUAUUUAAUAUUUAUGUGACCUUGCAAUGAGAUAUUUCUAGGGUGUAAUUGCACUUUUUAGGUUCAUUUGUACCUUCUGAAAGAAAAAAGAAAAAAAAGAUAUAUCUUUUAACAGGGACUUUUGCUUUAUCAUGUUUUAGUUCAAUUUGCUUUGAUGCACAAAUAGUUGUUAGUGUGACGAAGAACUAUUGUUCUGUGAUUUAUUUAAAGCAGGAAAUGAUACCUUCUUCUUCUGUGAUUGGAUGAUUGUUCUAUGAAACAGGCACACCAGAACUGCCUAACAACACUAAUACCAACUGUGAUUUUCAAUUCAUUCUUUACAAUAUGGCAAUGCUCCAAUACUGGAAAAUUACAUAAAAAAAAUAAAAUUAAUUGAACACGGUUUUAAUGUAAACCUUCCCCUCUGGGUUAUGGUGAUGUAACCCUGAAAAGAGAUAAUAAUUGUGAUCUCUCUGGAGGUCUCUGGCUUUGGAAAAAAAGAUUGUCACUCUGUAGGGGAAGGUAUGUGUGUCGAUGAUCCUGGGGAAUAUUGGUUUGAGAAGAAGAAAAAGGGUUGUACAGUAUUUUCUUCUGUUAAAAAAAAAGAAAAAGAAAAAAAAACUAUAUGAACAAAAUGCUCUUCGAUGAACAGCUUCCUUUAAAAAGAAACCGUUAAAAGGAGAAAUGAAUAAUAAAACGUUCAAAAUGGAAAUAACCCCACUAUAGUUUGCCUGUGUGCGUGAUCUUAUUUGUCAUCUCCUUCUCUCUCCCUCGGUACAUUCACAGAGGAAGUUGACUAAACAGAUUUGUACAUUGUGGCCCUUGAAAUGCCACUGAGCACAGUUGACAGAUUUUUACCUUGUUGUUUUUGCAUCAGAAAAUGCUGUAUUUUCAAACAGUUAACAAGUAACAAACUCAUACAGAACGAAAUCACUGAUAAGAAUUUAUCAAUGAAUGUUUCGGUUUUAUUUAACACCUUGUUUAAUAUUAUUAUAAUUAUUAUUUUUGUCAUAUUUUGUGUGUGAUUUUUGUUGUUUUUCAUUCAUUGCAAUUCUUGAUUUUGCUGUGGGCGUGUCUCUCUCCAUGUGUCUCCCUCGACUCAAAUGCAAGGCGGUGCAUCAUUGUCAUUUUUGUUUUGUUAAAUUUUCUGACAGAAUUUUUAAAAUAGCUAUAAGGCUGGGAGACAUUGUGCACUUGAAUACAGUUUGUGUGUGUGUGUGUGCGUGUGCGUGUGUGUGUGUAAAAUAGCAGGAUUUGUAAAAAGUUGAAAAUAAAGAACCUAUAAUUAUUAUAACGAUACAUAUGCUUAGUAGUGCUUUAGCCCCAGGGCAUUCUGGGUAGUGAUGCGGAGGGCUUGAGGAGUGCUGCUCAAAUACAUGAUUCUAGCUCAGUGGAGCUUAAACACCAUAGCUGGACCAGGGACCCCCCCCCCCAGGGCCCCCAGACUACUGUCCCCAGGGCCCCCAGCUCCAGGGCCCCCAGCUCCAGGGCCCCCAGCCCCAGGGCCCCCAGCUCCAGGGCCCCCAGCUCCAGGGCCCCCAGCCCCAGGGCCCCCAGCUCCAGGGCCCCCAGCCCCAGGGCCCCCAGCCCCAGGGCCCCCAGCUCCAGGCCCCCCAGCCCCAGGGCCCCAAGGCCAGGCUCCAGGCCUGCUGUCUUGGUGCCACUACUAGGAGACACCUGUAGCAGGAGUCCUCUGGGCAUGCUGCGGCUGCGAGUCUUCUCCACAGCCUCCAGGUUCCCCCAGGGCCUUGAUCCUCCUAGAAUUGUACGGGAGACAGACAAGAAUCUCGGAGGUGAAUCCAGGUUCAUGCAGAAAUAGCUGUGAACUGGACGUGGACAGUUGACUAUAACAUGACAACAUCAAAAAAAAAUAGUGAUCGGAGCUGUUCUGUAAGGCUGGUCUGUGAGGGCAGGACCAUGCAGAGUUCAUCCUGGGGACUCACAAGGGGGGCUUAGUGUGUCUUUUACAAUGACAGUGAAAUGAGAGGCAUAAGUUCUUAGAGGUUUUGUAUCUAUGUUUUUAUUUAUUUUUUACUCGGUCGUCUCCUCCAGCGCUCCUCGGCGCCCAGAGUGCUGCUAGAGUCGGUCCACCAGCCCGCAGCUGUCGCCCUUUUCCUUGUGAUGUUUCUUUAAAAAAUAAAAAAUAAACGGGUAAAGGCAUCACCAUCUGUCAGCCAGCUGGCAUCCUGUAUAUAAUCUACGAAAAAAAAAAAGAAUAAACAUGGAAAAUUAUAUUACACAAAAACCAGACGGAAACGACCUCCAAGUCCCGUAUAGGCUUCUGCC